AUGAUCACAUACUUAAUCUGUCAAAUAAUUGCUCGUCCAAAAAUAAUUUUUAGGUUAUUUAGGUUACUUCUAAAAAUAAUAGCUCGAUUUUAAAUUAUAAAAAUGGCAUUACUUGGAGCGCAACUCGUAAUAACGUUAAUUAUGAUUUCGAUCAUUCAGAAAUUGGGGCCAUACUUUUCGUUCGCAAAAUUUUUGCUCUGCUCAACGGGUCUUGUAAGAUAUUUGUAUCCCACGGAUGAUGAAUUAAAAGAAGUUGCGAAUAUACCGAAAGAUAAACAUAAAAAUCGGAAAGGGAAGCAACAAAAUGGGAAAGUCGACUCGUUUCAUAUUCCGAGGAGUCUUGAAAUUGAUUUAAAAACGGCUAAAGUUACCCAAUUAGAUGUUAUACAUCUCAGGUUUUAUGCUGAAUACCAAUGGCUGGUUGAUUUUGCAAUUUACUCUUGUUUGGUUUAUGUUAUUACUGAAAUUUAUCAAAACUUUUUUUCGUUAAAAGAUGAAAUGAAUUUAAGUAUGAUGUGGUGUACUUUAGUAUUAAUAUUUGCGAUUAAGUUAUUAUUUUCUUUAACUGUUCAAUAUUUCAAAGCAGAUGAGUCUGUUGGUGAAAGAUCAACAUGUUUGGUAAUGGGUUUUGUUUAUUUAUUAAUUGCAAUGAUGAUUUUAAUUGUGGAUGAAAAUAUUUUGGAGAUUGGAUUACAAACUGCUUAUAAAAGCUUCAAUGACAGUGCUUCCACUUUUUUAAAUCAACAAGGUUUAAAUUCUUCAGGUCCUGCUUCAAAAAUAAUCAUCCAAUUCUUUUUGGCGAUAUUUGGUGCUUUAUUGGGAGCUGUUUUCACAUUUCCUGGUUUAAGAAUAGCCCGAAUGCAUUGGGAUUUAUUAAAACUCCAUAGAAAGAAUAAAACGAUUCAAACUUUAUUAAAUUUAAGCUUUGCACUACCAUUUCUUUUAGUUGUCGCUUGGAUAAAGCCGUUUUCAAGGCAUUAUUUAACUGUUAGAAUUUUUUCUGGGAUGACUUCUCCUUUAUUAAGCAAUGAUUCAUUUGAAAUUUUAAGACUGAUUUUUAUUAUUUUAACUGUUAUCAUAAAAAUAGUUUUAAUGCCAGUUUAUUUACAAGCAUAUUUGGACAUGGCUUAUCACAGAUUGGAAGAACAAAAAAAAGAAGCUGGGAGAAUCACCAACAUUGAUUUACAAAAAAAGAUUGCUGCAGUUUUUUAUUAUUUAUGUGUAGUCACUUUACAGUACAUCGCUCCUUUAAUAUUAAUAAUUUAUUUUGCAUUUAUGUACAAGACUUUGGGAGGAUUUAGUUGGAAUGGUUUGUUGGGAAAUCAAAAUUUGGAGGAGUGUCCAGCUAAUUCCUUCGAACAAACCAACUUAGAGGGAGAAGAUAAUAUACAAAAUUCAGCUCAUCAGUUUCAUUUAGCAAUUGAAAAUUUAAAAAAUGUGUUUACCCCACAAGUUUUUAAAGGACUUUUUGGUUUUGGUACUUGGUGGAGUUGUUUUUUAUAUUUUACUACCACAUCAAUAGGAAUGAUUUAUCAAUCGUAUUUUACACAGUCGUAAUUUUAAGUAAGACAAUAAAAAACUCUACGUGUUUUAAUUAAAUAAAUUCGGGUAUUAAUUGAAUUGUUAAAUUUUAUUUCCUGUCAUUUUUGUUGACAGUUAAAAUUAUGUCAAAAAAGUAUUACAAAUUGAAUUUUUCUUUA